GUUUCCACCCCUCACUUUUGAUGACGUAGAAUUUCCGCGACGAGUGAUUCCACAAUGGCAACGGUACAAGUUAGCGAAGCUGAAAAAGUGUAUAUAUUACAUGGUAUAAGGGAUGAUCUGCGAGUGGAUGGAAGGAGCUGUGAAGACUACAGACAUAUGGAGAUUGAGACUGACGUGGUGUCCAAUACUGACGGAUCGGCCAAAGUUUCUCUGGGCCACACAGCAGUACUAGUAGGAAUUAAGGCUGAACUAGGAAAACCAAGGCCCACGGCUCCAAAUGAAGGCUAUUUAGAAUUCUUUGUUGAUUGUUCAGCCAAUGCAACCCCUGAGUUUGAGGGGCGAGGAGGGGAGGAGCUCAGUACGGAGCUGAGCAACACACUAUACAAAGUCUUCGACAACAAACGCAGCGUGGACCUGAAGAGUCUGUGCAUCAGUGAGGGAGAACACUGCUGGGUGCUCUAUGUUGAUGUACUGCUCCUGCAAUGUGAUGGAAACCUGUAUGAUGCCAUGUCAGUAGCUAUCAAGGCAGCUCUGUUUAGCACCAAGAUCCCCAAAGUGCACAUAUCAACAGAUGACGAAGGAGGGAAAGAAAUCGAGCUGUCAGAUGACCCCUAUGACUGCAUGAGGCUCAACGUAGACAAUGUUCCCUGUAUAGUGACAUUGUGCAAGAUCGGCCACAGACACGUGGUGGACGCCACCCUGCAGGAGAAGGCGUGCUCGGUGGCCAGCCUCAUCAUCUCCGUCACCCACAAGGGAACAGUUACCUGCGUGAGAAAAAUAGGCGGAGGUAGCCUGGACCCUGAGAGCAUCUUUGAAAUGACUCAAACUGGCAAACGGGUCGGAAAAGUCCUCCACGUGCCUCUUCUGAAGCUUCUGCAACAGGAGGAGAGUUUAGGAACAGCGAGACAGAAAGUUGGCUUUCUUGCUUAGAAAUAUCAUGUGUAUGUGUAUAUAUCAUCAUGUACCUUUUUUCUAAAGUAAAAUCUUUGAUAUUA